CUGGGACAAAAUAUCUCCCCGCACUCUCUGCCUGUGCAUUCGACUCCAUUUAUUACAUUUCCCCACUAAUCACGAGUAUCCCGAAUCUUGAAAAAGAAUUCACCAUGGGCAAACCGCGGAUGAUUAUUCUGGUGCGCCAUGCACAGUCGGAAGGAAACAAGAACCGCGACAUUCACCAGUUCAUUCCCGACCACCGCGUCAAGCUAACUCCCGAUGGCUGGAAUCAAGCCGAGGAAGCAGGCCGUCGCCUCCGCUCUAUGCUCAAGCCCGACGACACCAUCCAGUUCUUCACCUCUCCUUACCGCCGCACUCGCGAAACCACCGAAGGCAUCCUCCGCUCUCUGACCUCCGACGACCCCAAACCCUCCCCCUUUCCUCGUCAUAAGAUAAAGGUUUUUGAAGAGCCCCGCCUGAGGGAACAGGAUUUCGGAAACUUCCAGCCUUGUUCGGCGGAAAUGGAGAGGAUGUGGCAGGAGAGGGCUGACUACGGUCACUUCUUUUACCGCAUCCCGAACGGUGAGAGUGCUGCGGAUGCAUAUGAUAGGGUUAGCGGGUUUAACGAAAGCAUGUGGAGGCAGUUUGGGGAGGAGAAUUUUGCGAGCGUGUGUGUGCUGGUUACGCAUGGACUAAUGACGAGGGUGUUCCUCAUGAAAUGGUACCACUGGUCCGUCGAAUACUUCGAAGACCUGCGUAACGUCAACCACUGCGAAUUCAUUGUCAUGAAGCAAUCUCCCACCAACGGAAAAUACAUCCUCGAGAACGAGUUACGCACAUGGUCCGAUCUAAAACGUCGUGCCGUUACCGCAACCGCUGCUAAUGGAUCCGCAGUCACUCCAAGCAGCAAAGGCGCCCCCCCGGCUCCUGGAAACUUUAGUUCGAGUCCCACCAUCCCCAUCCGUCGCUGGGGGGGAUGUGCGAAUGGCUGCAAUCAUGAUAAGAUAAACUGGCCUAGGAGAACCAUGCGCAAGAAUACCGCAGAUUAUGUAUCCGGCGCGCUUCCUGCUCCACCGCUACCACCUGCAACAAGCAACCUCGACGGCGAAAAGGAUGACCACCCCAUCGCUGCUCAAGAUGCCGACCACACCCCCAUCAUAACCGAACCCUCCCCGCCAAAACUCCCCCGCAAACCAAGCACCACAGCCACCAAAAACGCCCUUAUCCCUUCCAUGCCCCUAACCCCUGCGUCUCCCAACGACGCAUCCAACGACGCAUCUUCCUCCACCGACGAAGGAAUCGGCAGCUCCGACGGCGAAGAAGCAGCCGCCUCGGCCCCCCAAACCCUCCAAAACCCCGCUCCGCGCGCCGCCGCAAUCCUCCGGCAUCUCCACCCCGGUCGCGAUUUCGGCGGCACCAGAAGCGGAGCGCCUAGCACGCCCGGCGAAGGCUUCUCGGACGAUUCGGAUUAUUUCCCAGGCAUGCAGCAUGCACAUGCUCACGCUCAUGCUCACGCCCAUCAUGGCUACACACACUCGAAUUUACACCAUAGCAGCCCGGGGAAAAGCAAAAACGAUAGUAGUAAUGGGAAGAGCAGACUCCGGGCCUCGUCCAAACACCGCCAACAAAGCAAAGAGCGCAAGGCAGCCGCAGCCCGCAAAAUGAGCGCGAAGAACUGGAUGGAAGAGUCGGGCAUGGGGCUCGGCGCGCGAGCUGACGCGCUCGGUGAUGGAGACGCUGGUGGUGGGACGAGCGAUGAUGCUGCGUUUCGGGCGGACGCAAGCGAGAGUGGGAGCGAGGAGAAGCCAAUUUUGAGGGAGGCGUUGAAAGGGGAUAUGAUUGUGGAGGAGGGGGGGAGUGAUGAGGAGAGAGGGGGGAAGAUGGAGGAUGAUUUGGAUGUUGCUGUUAGGGAGAGGAGGAUUGGGGAGAAGGAGAUUGAGAUAUUGAAGGAGGGGGAGAGAAAGGGGUUUGGGGAGAUUUACUAGAAAUCCCCAUGUGGUUCGCAAAAUUCAGUGCAUGGGAGAGGAGGGUUAGGGGAGGAGGGCGGAGGCCCUGCAUGUCAUCAAUGGACGACAAUCGAAAUGGUGUCAAUACUAGGGGUCUCUUUUCUAAUUUCAAGCAACAGCAUAGCCUGGCAGAAGUCGGUAUAGACUAUAGACUAGACUUCGGAGCUGCUAUUUCUCUUCAUAUAUUCUAUAUAUGUCUGAAGGAUAUGUAGAUUUUGUUGGCGUGGGAUGGAAUGAGCUCGAUGUUGUAUGGUGUUAGGACCCCUCUAGAAUAGACAU